UUUUAGAAAUGUGCCAUUCAAAUCCAACCAAAGGUAGAUAAAACUACCAUCAGAGACGACUUGAGGCAGCCGAUAGCUAGUAAGCGAAGAGUUUGAAAAUGAUUUCAGGGGCGGCUUCAUGUUUCCCCAAUGCAUCAGAAUGUUUGCCAAUGUAUCCUGUGGCUGAAGACAUUGUUCCAUCUCCCCUUGAAGCAGGUUCAGGCCCAGAGGCUCAUUCGAGCUCUCUCCUCUAUAAUCUCUCCCUCCUGAAAGAUAAAGUUCAUCAGGUCCAAUCGCUUGUUAGCAUCCUUAUCGCUCCAGAUCAAGCCCACCCUGAGUCAACGACUUUAGCCAUAGCAAGCAUGGGUUCUUUGGUUCAAGAAAUCAUUGUAACAGCGUCUUCGAUGAUAUUCAUUUGCCAGCAAAUGGCUCUUGGAACCACUUCAGCAGGUAACAGUAAUAGCACAACUGAUCAAUUGCACCAGCAGCAAGUUAGGGUUCCUGAUAAUAAUGGGAUAUCUCAGCAACCAAACUUUAGUCAUGGUAAUUGUGUUGGUAACAUAUUUCAAGAAAGAGGAAAAGGCUUUUAUUCUAGUGCUGAAACUAUUACCUGGUAUAGUGAUCACUGCAAUAAUCGUAACAACAACAACAACAGUCGUCGAAGUUUGCUUGUUAGCAAUGAUGAUAAGCUGGAAAUUAGGCAAGAAUUGCCUCGAAGAAGCGAAAUUAGUGAAGGGUCGCAAGGGAUUUCAAUGAAGAAUUAUGAUAUAGUUGAAGUGGAUGCUGCGGACUUGUUAGCUAAGUACACACAUUACUGCCAAGUUUGUGGUAAAGGGUUCAAGCGAGACGCAAAUUUGAGAAUGCACAUGAGAGCUCAUGGUGAUGAAUACAAGACAACUGCAGCUUUGACUAACCCCAUGAAGAUACAUCAUGAGGGAAGUGCCACGGGAUCAAACUGUUCGAUGGAUUUGCCUAAGAAAUACUCAUGUCCGCAGGAAGGUUGUAGGUGGAACCAGAAACAUGCCAAAUUCCAACCACUGAAAUCCAUGAUUUGCGUGAAGAAUCACUACAAGAGGAGCCAUUGCCCCAAGAUGUAUGUUUGCAAGCGGUGCAACAGCAAGCAAUUCUCAGUGCUGUCGGAUCUCCGGACUCAUGAAAAGCACUGCGGUGAUCUCAAGUGGCAAUGUUCUUGCGGUACCACAUUUUCCAGGAAAGAUAAGCUAAUGGGUCACGUUGCUUUGUUUGUUGGGCACAGUCCAGUUGUUACUCCUUUGACAAAGCCAGCAAAGCUCGAACUCCAACCCACCAGUAGGCAACUAGAUGAUAGGUAAGAUGAAGUACUUGCAUAUAAAUAAUACUAUUAGAUUCAUGCUUUUCUCUUCUGUAUUUAAUGUAAAUGACGAAAUAACAAAACAAUCAGAACUUUGAAAUCAAAACAUUUGUAUAUUUUGUUACAUUUGUAGUGAAACAAAUGGA